AUGGCUAUCAACGAUGAACAAGGCGAAUCUUCUCGAAGAAAACUGUUACCAGACGGUGAAAGGCCCGGCACAUACGGGUCAUUAAAAGAUGUGGCUGCUACAGAGCAGGAAUCACUGGCAUCUCAGUUGCGUGUUGAAGAUGUGAAGCUCUCCUUUCUCAGCAUCUACGGCCAUGCAAUAUGGUCCGAAAUUGCUCUUCUUGCUAUAUGCUCUGUAUGCGCCAUAGUUGCUGGUGGCUUGGUUCCAUUCACACCGCUUAUCAGCUCUCGAAUCAUACUCGCUUUCGCCAGGGCUGAGUCGAAUGGUUACAGUGUAAAGCCGCUGCUAGACAAGUAUGUGGUAUACUACGUCUACGUCCUCAUCACAGCUAUGGUGACAUGGUUUGUCUCGACGGCUGGUUUCAACUUCGCAGGAGCCAGAAUCACGCGCAGAAUCAAGAUGCGCUACUUCGCCGCCGUCUUGAAGCAGAACAUGGCGCUUUUCGAUGACAGUGGAACUGGUGAUAUCCUUUCUCAUCUCACGGACGACACUAAAGCAAUACAAAAUGCCAUCUCUUCUAAAUUGUCGCAAACUGUUAGUGCCUUUGGCACGUUCGUCACUACCAUCGUAGUGUGCUUCGUUCUUGAUUGGGUCCUGAUGCUUGAGAUGCUCUGGUCUUUUGUGCUGGGCUAUGUAGUCCUUUACCUGGGCACUAAAUUGACUGUUCUGUAUAGCGGCCGCAGUAUUGAGGCAUCGUCUGCCGGAUCAGCCGUGGUUGAGGAAGCACUAGGUUCUAUCAAGACGACAACUUCCCUGGGGAUGCAGCCGCAUAUCCAUGGAAGAUAUAUGAACUUCCUAACAAAGGCAGCUAAGAACGGAUUUGUUCUAUCCUCCCUCAACUCGAUGCUUAUCACCGUUUGCAUUGCAAGUGGCUACUUCAACGUUGCCCUAGCAUUUUGGCAAGGGUCAAUACGGCUAACUGAGGGGAAAACGACAUUUACUUCAGUCGUAGCCAUCUCUAUGAUCUCCAAAGCUGCUGCAUUCUGUGUGUUAGGAGUUGGUUCGAACCUGGAAGCGUUUGCUGCGGCUACAGCAGGGAUAGGUCGCCUCUCACGAAUCAUACGGCGCGAGUCGUUGAUAGACUCGUCUUCUGACAAAGGAUACAUACCCAAUAACUAUGAUAGCACCUUGGAGUUUCGCAGGGUAAAGCACAUCUAUCCAUGUCGGCCAAACGUCGUCACUUUAAAAGAUGUGAGUAUCACGUUCCCAAUGGGGCAGACUACAGCUAUCGUAGGGCACUCUGGGUCCGGUAAAAGCUCUAUUUCGAACCUUCUUUUGCGCUUCUAUGAUCCCCUGGCAGGCCGUAUCCUCCUGAAUGGAAAAGAUCUAUGUCAAUAUCAGCUCCGCUGGCUCCGCCAACAAAUUGCGGUUGUCAAACAGGAAUCGUUCAUGUUUAACAGAUCUGUUUUCGAGAAUAUUGCGUGCGGUUUCACGGGGCCACAGUGGGAAGCUGUUCCACAGUCUGAGCGUGAACGAGCCGUUUACAGAGCCGCUAGCAUGGCUCAAGCAAGUGAUUUUAUCAAUAGGCUUCCCCAGGGAUACGACACGGUUGUAGGCACACGGGGUUCAAGGCUCUCAGGGGGGCAACUUCAACGAAUCGCCAUUGCCCGAGCCUUGGUAGGAAACCCUCGAAUUCUUAUCUUGGAUGAGGCAACUUCAGCGCUUGAUAGUGAGACAGAAGCCAGGUUGCUGUCGACCAUGGCAGGAGAAGACAGCAAAAGGACUACUAUAGUCAUUGCUCACCGUCUAUCCACAAUUCGCAAUGCCGACAAUAUCAUUGUUCUGAAUGCAGGGCGAGUGGUUGAGAGCGGACGACACGAUGAUUUGCUCGCUGCUCGAUCCUUUUAUUAUGACUUGGUCCAGGCACAAAAUAUAGAGGUCGAGGAUCACCCAACGGCUGCGGUCUCUGGGACAACUGGAGAUCCUGCUGGCCUAAGUAAUGAGAGAGUCAACGGUUCUUCAGCGACUGGUGAAUCCAUACACAAAGCCGUAGCUACCGAUAAUGUGGCCAACUCUACAGUUUCAUCUUCGCUUUUCUCAAUGAUUUUGUUCAUAUUCAGGCUCAAUGAGGGAGAAGCUCAUUGGCUUAUGCUUGGACUCAUCUGCUGCAUUGUUGCAGGGCUCGAAGAGCCAGCGUCUGCAUUCCUUUUCGGUAAAGCCAUCUCGGCCAUCUCACUGCCCCUGGACCAUACUGGGGAAAUUAUCUCAAAUGCUGCCUUUUAUGCAUGGAUGUUCUUCAUCCUCGCGAUAGUGAUGCUUAUAGGCUUUGCCGUCCAAGGCAUCACAUUUGCAUUCAGUUCCGAGCACCUCACCAAACGAGUUCGGUCACUAGCCCUCAGCCAGUAUCUACGGAUGGAUAUAUCCUUCUUCGACAAGAAGGAAAAUUCUGCCGCAGCAUUAUCUGGAUUCCUAUCCAACUCUGCCAGCGACCUGACCGGCUUGAGUGGUAGUGCCUUGGGUGCUAUCAUUAUCUGCAUCUCCUCGCUCGUUUCUGGUGUUGCUCUGGGAUUUGCACUGGGAUGGAAAUUGGCGCUUGUGUGCUUUGCUAUAGUCCCUCUGAUGAUCGGAGGAGGGUAUUUUGGAAUUUUACUUGUUGGUGAAUUUGAGAAAAACAACGAGCAGUUCGCGAACAAGGCAGCUGAAUUCGCAGGGGAGACACUCAAUGGUAUUCAGACCAUUGCGGCGUUGACGAAGGAGCAGGCAGCAUUGGCCGAGUUUGAUGCUAUUCUUAACGGGACCAAGAAGGAAGCUCUGUUGGCGAAUUUAAAAGCGUCUUUCAUGUACGCCUUGACACAGUCGGCUUAUUAUGCCUGUAUGGCCCUCAGCUUCUGGUAUGGCGGCCAGCUCAUCCUCAGCGGCGAGUAUACUCUCUUCCAGUCAAUUGCCGUCCAGUCCACAAUGCUGCUGAGCGCCUUCUCUGCUGGCUUAGUAUUCUCCUGGACCCCAAAUAUCGGCCAAGCGAAACAGGCUGCGGCGUCUCUGCAACGCCUGUUGGCACAGCAAUCACCCAUCGAUCCGUCGUCUCCACACGGGGAGAGACUCAGUCCUAUGCGCGGCGACAUUAGCUUCGACUCGGUCAGCUUUUCGUAUCCCUCGCGUCCAGGCCACCGAGCUCUAAAUAAAGUGAGCUUCAGCAUCCCUGCUGGUUCCAACGUCGCCUUUGUAGGAGCAACAGGUUCGGGCAAAAGCACCAUCAUCUCGCUGAUCGAGCGCUUCUACGACCCGAUUGACGGAAUGGUACUGGUUGACUCGAAGCCCAUCAGGUCGCUCUGUCUGUCUGAAUACCGGAAAUGUAUAGGACUGGUUAGCCAGGAGCCUCAUCUCUUCAGCGGGACACUCAAGAUGAACCUAACAAUCGGAUUGAGUGAUAAUGAAAAGCCCAGCGACGAAGAGGUCCAGAGUGCCUGCCGCGAAGCCAACAUCCACGAUUUCAUCAUCAGCCUUCCGGAGGGGUAUGACACCGAAGUAGGCAGUAGAGGCAACCAGCUCAGUGUUGGUCAGAAGCAGCGUGUAGUGCUUGCGCGAGCGUUGCUUCGACGGCCCAAGAUCUUGUUGCUAGACGAAGCAACGUCUGCACUGGAUUCACAGUCUGAAGCAAGCAUCCAGCAGGCUCUCGAGAAGGCCAAAGAGGGCUGCACAACGAUCACUGUCGCGCACCGGCUCAGCACGAUUGUCAAGGCAGACAGAAUCUAUGUCAUGAGUGACGGCCACAUCGUCGAAGCCGGGACACACACACAGCUAAUAUCCCUGGGAGGUGUAUACCAAAGGCUCUACCUAGCCAGCAAAAGCGGGCAGGCUCUAUAG